ACCAGAAGCCGCAUACAGACAGCAAUGAUGGCCGAUCCACUAGUCAGUUUGGCACAUCCCCCGGUCAACUGUCCGGAUAAAACACCCAUCCAGAUCCUACAUGAAUACGGCAUCAAAGUCGGCAGCGCGCCUAAGUACGAGCUACUACGCGCUGACGGGGACGCGCACCAGCCCUGUUUCAGGUUCAGCGUUACUAUAGAAGAAAUUUCCUGCAAAGGUGAAGGAUCCACUAAAAAGGCAGCGAAGCAUGAAGCUGCAGAAGCCGCAAUUAAAUUAUUGAAACUGGACACCCAGCCUAAUGAUCAGAGAAGGAAUAAUGGCAUUUCUUCUGAAGCAGGUGAUGUGUCCAAUGCUGUGGGAAUACUGCAGGAACUGGCCAUGCAGAGGGUGUGGUGCCUGCCCGAGUAUGUGUUGUGUAUGGAAUCAGGGCCUGAUCACAGGAAAGAGUUCACCAUUGGCUGCCGUCUAGAAGGAUUGGAGGAGACAGGGACAGGCAGUUCAAAAAAGCUGGCCAGACGAGCAGCAGCUGAACGAAUGCUGGGGAAAUUGCAGAGUUUGUCAGGAUCCCCUGAAAUCACAUGGAGCCCACCGUCUCGUGUGUAUAUGGAGCGUCUUCGGCACUCUGUGGGAGAGAACAUUUCUGUCCUGAAGACGACACCACUGAGCAUGCCAAACACAGACUAUAUUCAAAUGCUGCUGGAGCUCUCUCUGGAGCAGGGCUUUCAGGUCACGUAUAUGGACAUUGAUGAGCUGACAGUGAAUGGGCAGUACCAAUGUUUGGUGGAGCUGUCCACCAGGCCGGUGACAGUGUGUCACGGAUCUGGAAUGACCAGCAGUAACGCCCACAACACUGCUGCACACAACGCUCUACAGUACAUUAAGAUGGUCGCUAAUCAACACUAACAGCAGUUCUGGGACCAGCGGUUACACCAUGUAUAUUAACGCUGAACUCCGAUCAACUCGAGCAGACCUGCACGUACUGAUCCACGAAGAUGCGGCAGAUUGAUUCACCAAGGCUUGUUUGACACAGCUGGCUUAAGCAAGAGCAGACAGACAUCGAGCUUCCACACGACAGCGUUUCUGCUGCGUAAGCGAUGUGCAGCUACAUUUCAAUUAAAGUCAUUCCUUGACACCACACUUCAUUUAUAAUUGUUAAAGAAUAAACCGUUUGUUGUAUAAAUGGUUAUUAGACAUGGGAAAGAACUAUUACACACUUGAUUGCCAUGACAUCUAAUAUACAAUUACAUUUACAACUAGUAAUUAACUUCCUGCUUAAGUUUAUAAUUGUUUUGUUUUUCCAAGCAAUGAACAAAAAAUAAAUUGCUCAAUACUUCUGAAAUGUAAUAUGGUACUGAUUACAGAGUACACAACUGAAAUUAUAAUCAGUAGUGAAAUCUUUAUAAUGACAAUUUAGGUAAUCUAAUAUAAUGGUUUAUUAAAUAUUUUACGAAAAUCAAAUUAUAGGUGUAUUAAAUGCCAAUAUAUCCUCCUCCAGAAAUCAAACAACAAUUUGCUAGACAAAACUAAAAGGCAAUAUAAGCAAUCUGUAAUCCUUUAUCUACAUUUUUAAAUGAGCAUAUUCAUAUUUCAUAUAAUGUUCUCUAAUUACCAGUGCUUGAUUUUUGUAAUCUGAUUACAUAAUCCAGGUCAUGUGUAAUCUGUUACUACCCAUCACUGGUUGCUGAAUAGGUUUCUAGUGCUUUUCCAAGAUGUUUGCCCUCCGCACUGAAGCUCUUCUUGCAGUCAUGCCUCUGCUGUUCAUGUGCUCGUGUGACUGCUUUAACAGAAGCUGUGUAAAACAGGCCCUAGAAUCAGAAGAAUUGGACUUUAUGCUACAUAUUUCACAAAUAAACAAGUGGUGUUCGUCAAGCCUAUGUAGUCUUAAAUCUGGUUUUUCUUUGGUUUGUUUUCAACUGAAAAUGUAUGAAUGUGGAUGUGGCCUCAUAACCCAUAUGUGGAAACCAGCAUUUUUAAUCAUUUUCACUUCUUUUAAGGUUAUGAUUUUUUAAACCGUGUACUUUUCCUAAUUAAUUAUUUCUGUCCCAUGAAACUUACAUGAAA